AUGGCUGAUGCCUAUCUUGCCGCACAUAUAGUGGACCUUGAAAAUCGCAUUGAACGCCUUAGGCGAAGAGCAGAUCGACAUAUAUUACGAGAAAUAGAAGAUUCAUUUGAUUUGACUGAUGCUGAAUUUAAGGAAUUAUAUCGUUUGACUCCGGAAUUGACAUCAAAUCUCAUAGAUGAACUUGCACCUCAUUUGCUGCGUACAAGGAUUACUGGACUGUCUGUCGAGAAACAAGUACUGUCUGCAAUAAGAUUAUUUGCGACUGGAUGUUAUCAACGUCCAGUAGGAGAACAAUGGGGUAUUUCAAUGAGUCAACCAUCAAUUAGCAGAUGCGUUCAUCGAGUUACAAACGCAAUAAAUGACCAUCUUUUUCGCCAAUGGGUGCAGUUUCCUAUGACUCCGGAAGCCAAACAACUUGCAAGAGAGCAAUUUCAAAAUGCUCCUCAACCAUUUGAAGAAGCAAUUGGAGCAAUAGAUUGCACUCACGUGGCAAUUAUUGCUCCUAGGGAACAUGAAGAAGCUUAUAUAAAUCAUCAUGGAUACCAUUCAAUAAAUGUGCAAAUGAUUUCCUGGAGCUAG